GGAAACCGAAAGUGUCAUUUACAGAUUUUCCAACUUUCGAUUUUGAAAAUUAGACAUGGAACCUCAGGUUUUCAUCAACAUAAAGGAUAUCCAGAAGUGUAACAAUAACAUUGUUAAAAGACUAAAGUCUCUAAACGAUUGUACGAAAUCAACAUGUCAACAAUGCCCAUUGGAUAUUGCAAGAAUAGCCAAAGAUGUUGCGGACUUGGAAACUAGAAUGGAAACACUCACAGCACACACAGAUGACACAAAUGAAUCAGAUAUUGCACGCCGAUUUGAUGAUAUUAAGUCACAACUAGACGAUAUACAAAGACUGCUGCAUUUUCCAGACGCCAACCAUGAAUCUAAAAAUGUCACUCGGAUUAUCAGGCAACAUAAAAAGUAUUACAUUCCUGGCAGAGAAGACACUUGGCGAGCAGUGGCAGAUAAAUCACAAGAAAGAGCAUUACCAAACACUGUCCGCUCACGAUUCAUCACUAUGGUACUGUGUUUGGACAUCUCCGAGAGUAUGUCGAGCAACAAUGGAUGGGGCCAGACCUUGGAGUUUGUUAAUGAUUUCCUAACCGAACUAAAAGAACUGAAAACAAACGACGAAAGAUUGUUAGAUGAAUACAUUGCUGUGACAACAUUCGGGCACGAAACAAAGUUACAGACGGCACUGACGAAUAAUUAUGACGAAAUUAGAGAGACCAUACAGGGACUUAUAUUAGGCGGACCGAGUCCGCUUUAUGGCGGCUUGUUAAUAAGCAUGGCAACAGCACAUAUUGCUAAAAGAAGAUACGUUCCAAAUAUAAACGGCUUAAAUUUAUCUCCGAGAAUAAUUGUAAUCACUGAUGGCUGUCCAACGGACACAAUGCUGCAUGCUGGGCCUGACAUUCAGGACGAAAGUAAAGUGGAACAGACCGAGUCUCACCUAGCAGAAGCUGUUGAAGAAAUUGAUAAACGAGACUUUGAAUUGUUUUUCAUCGGCGUUGGGAAAUGCAGAAAAACGUUCAUACAAAACAUGUCGACGCUUUGCCAGUCUAAGAUUUACUCGUACAAAGAUGGAAGGAGGCUUGCUCGCUUUGGGUUCUUUGAGUCACAGUUGGCUACACAUGGACUUGCUUUGACUUUUUCGUUAACAAACAGGCUCUCCGUUUGGGAUGAGGACGAUAUAAAAUUCAUUCGUGCUGACACGAAGAGACGUUGCGAAAGGCAGUACGGGCCAUUAUGUCAAGAGAGUAAUGACGCUAGUCUGCUGUCACUUGGAACCCGGGUACGCAGGGGACUAGCUUGGAACGAUGGAAACUUUGACCUUAAUGGGCCUGGUACUGUCACCGGACAUUUUGAUGGGAAACUAUUGGUCACAUGGGAUUUGAAUGACCACACAAGCAGCUACAGGUACACCAGGGAAUGUUGUGAAGUGCAAGCAGUGGAUGAACCAAGAGUGCUAAAUCCUGCUGAGAGAAUGGAGACGGGUUGUAAAGUAAAACCAGGUGGAGAUUGCGUAUCACGGGAAAUAGGUAACUCAAACAGAGGAGUUGUUCUGAGAGUGGAAACACCACAUGCAACGAUCAGGUGGGAUAACGGGCAUAUAGGGAAAUAUUGUUAUGGUGUGGACACCAAAAUUGAAAUCGAGCUUGAGCAAAUGAGCACCCCAGAAGGAGUAUAAUGACGGUACUGGUUCGAUUGACAUCAAAUUAAAAAAACACAAGACAUUCUGGAUUGUCCAGACUGCGCCAUUAUUUACAAUGGCUUACCUUUGUUACCAAUUGCAUGGGAAUGUGAUCAUACGUGUUCUUUAAGCAAUGCAAAGAACAUGGAAGAAUUCUAUGAUAUGAAAAUGUCGUAUUUCGUUUUGAAAAAGUUUUUUUAUUGAAUCAAUUGUCUCAUGCACGUGUUGUUCUGAUGAAACAUGGAUUUUUUUAUGAACCACAAUAAAUGGACUUUGUUUGUAAUCAAUCAUUUAUUAUCUUUCAGUAUAUUAUAUAGCUAUAUAGCUGUUAUUCUUAUUAUAUACACGCUUCGGGCAAUCUUAAAUAGUGAAUACACUGGACGUUUUUCUAAUUGGCGUUUACAUUUGCUUCAUAAAUAAUACUAAUUGUUUUGAUCUGUAAAUGUUGACAGCAAUCUUGAAGUUUAAAUGUAGUGUGUCUGACAAGAACUAGAUGGUGUUGUUCUGUGUCUUCAGUGGGUUAGGCUUAGCUGAGAAAAUCAUCGGAGUACGACACAAAAGGCAUUUUUAUUUAAAUACCUUAUGCGCCAUACGUGUGAUCAUUGUAAAUGUUGUUUUAUUUAAUAAUUGUGAAUGUAGUGAUGUUGGUGGAAUUGUAUGGUCUUUUUUGGGAAAGUGUUUACUUGCCUUAAAUACAAGACUUGUUAAUGAUGAAAAAAAUUUCUCCGGGGUUUCAAUAUAACUUUUUAAUUUGUACUUUAUAAACUGUAAACAUGGAGCCUAAAGAGGUGAGUUGUUUUGAUUUUCCACAAAUAUGCUUUACUUAGAGAUUUUUCUCCAAAAAAGCGCCAUGCUUUUCGACCAAACACACAGUAUGUAUGGUAAAUUUGUAAAUAUAGAUUAUUCUUUAGAAUCCGUCCCGAAAUCGUUUUCCUAGUUCUAUCCUUAAUAAAAAAUAUUGUUAGCA